CAGAGCGGAGGACAGGGCAGAGAUGGACGACUUUCAGAAGGUCCUAACCAGCAUCACACAGCUGGUUCAUGGUGGUGAGGAUGGUUAUGUCUCUGGUGGUCAACCUUCGUCCUCCUCCUCCUCCUCACCUCUCCGGGGCCUCACUUCCCAAUGCAACAGCACCCUGAUGGCUGUCAAAGGUCUCCUCUCCCAACACCAGGUGCAAACACAGGACCUGCGUAGCCGGCUGGAUGCAGCCCUGGGGCAGGUAGAUAUUCUACAAAGUAAUCUGCAGGAGGAGGAGGAGCAGAGGAGGCACCUGGAGAGGAAGAUGAAGGAGGUGCAGAGGGAGAACCAGCAGGUUGAGAGGAGUCUGGAGGAGAAACACAGAGACAACCAGAGGUUCCACACCUCCCUGGACCUCCUCAACAGUGAGAAGGUCAGCCUGGAGAAGCUGGUUGUGGGCCUCCAGCAGAAGACAGAGUCCCUGGGGGCAGAGCUGGAGGUGAUGAGGGGGUCGGCUGGGGAUCUCCAGAGACAGAGAGACCUGCUCCGCCAGCAGAGAGACGACCUGGAGAGACAGCUGGAACGCCAACGCACCGAGGCCCAGAGAGGUGAACGGAGUCUGGAGCAGCUGGAUGGAAAGAACAGUGACCUGCGCAGGGAGCUGGUGACAGUCAGGGAGGCUCUGAGUCAGGUCACCCUGCAGAAGGAGGUCCUAGAUGAUGAGAAGAGUAGCCUCACCCUGGCUCUCAGCAAGAUGGAGUCCCAAAGUGCAGAACAGGAGCUGUCAGUCACCAAGCUACAGUACCAGGAGGCGAGCCUAAGAGACUCUCUGGCCAAGAUGGCUGCCCUGAGUGAAGGCUUGGCCAACGACAAGGUGGAGCUCAACCGCAUCCUGCUACAGAUCGAGGGUGAGAAGGCGGAGCUAGGUGAGCGUCGUCGGGAGGCGGAGGUGGAGAGGGCUUCGGCCAGGGAGGAGAUGGGGAGGCUGCAGCAGGAGCUCCAGGACCUGACCGCUGACAGACGGUCCCUGGAGAGCUCCUAUAGCCUCCUGCAGGAAACCAACCAGAGACUGGAGGCUGAACUGGCACUGCUGCAGAGGGAGAACAACCAAAUCCUGGAACAGCAGGCACAGAUUAAUAAGCAGGUCCAGUCCUUGUCCGACCAACUGACUUCCUGCCGUAGAGAGCUGGACAGCAAGGCUGUGGCCUUACAGAGGGCCCAUCAUGACAGAGAGGAUGUGGCCAAGGACAAGGCCAGUCUGGGGGUCCAGCUGACUGCCGUUGACCGCAGGGCAUGGGGCCUGGAACAGGAGCUGGCGAUUCUCAGAGCGGAGAAGGAGUCUCUAGAGACGUGUGUCUUUGAGGGCCAAGAGCUAGUUUCUUCACUGGAGGGGGAGAGGAACCGACUGGAGGUGGAGCGAAGCACCCUAACGAUGGCUGACGAGGACCUGACGCGCGAGGUGGCCCGUUUAAAGGCGGAGGUUGAGCUACAGGUGUCCCGGGCGGCGCAGGAGAGAGAGGAACUGGAAACCAAGCUGGCUCAUGCAGAGAGGAACCACCGGAUAGCCCUCAGCACCAAAGAACACAGCCACAGAGAACACCUGGAGCAGGAACACGUCGACAAGGAACAGCAGUGUGUGAACCUAAUCCUGCAGAGGGAGCGUGCAGAGGCCCAGCUACGAUCCCAUUGUGAGCAGCAGCGUUUGCAGAGCCAGGCUGACCUGCAGCAGCUGCAAGAGGAGAUGGUCCAGCUGCAACAAGUCUGCAACAAUAGCCUGCUGCAGGCCGAGAGCACUAAACAACAGGCCCUGUCCCAGAAGGAGGGGGAGAAGGCAGCCCUGACAGAGAGGCUUGCAGGCCUACAGCAGGAUCUGGAGACAGCAAGGCUGGAGAUGGAGAGAGGCAGGAGAGAUGCUCUGAGCCUUCACGAACAGGACAAGGACAGUAUAGCAGGUCUUCAGUGUGAGCUGCAGUCCCUGCGUUCUCGCUUCGAGGAGUCUCUGAGUUCCCAUGAGUCAUCAGAGAAGAGUCUGACUGAGCAGGUCAGAGAGCUCAACCAGCAGAGAGAAACAGCACGACAUGAGGUGGAGGGUCUUCGGCGGGACCUCCAUCAGGCAGAGGACGAACGUGACGCAGGGCGAGAAGAGCUGAUCGAGUCCCACAGGGAGCUGAGGGAAGUGGCUCAGGUGAGGGAUGACCAGAGGAAGGAGGUGCUGGACCUCAGGAGGCUGCUGGGGGACGAGAUCCGAGACAAGGAGGCCAUCCACUCCUCCAACCAGGAGCUCAGAGCUGCAGUGAAGAGAGCAGAGAACGACAACAACAGUCUGCGGCGUAGCCUGGAGGACAAGGAGCAGAAAGUGGUGGUGCUGGAGGUGUGUAAGAUCUCCCUGCAGCAGGAAGUGUCCAAGCUGAGGAGCACCAUGAGAGAGUUGGAGAAGUCCCGGCUGCAGGCACGCAGAGAGCUGCAGGAGCUACGCAGACAGGUGAAGAUCUUAGAGAGGGAGGCUGCCCAACAGAGGGAGGAGAUGGGAGAACUGCAGGCCAGGGUGUGUCAGGAGGAGGUGAAGGAAGAGGAGGCGAGGAGGGAGUCCUUCAGUCUUAAACAGAGAGUCCUGGAGAGCGAGGCGGGCAGGGAGGCGGCCAUCAAGGAGGCUUCCGGGCUGCAGCGUCGUAUUGUGGAGCUGGAGGACGUGGAGCGUCAGAUGGGGGAAGUGCUGGCGGAGAGAGAGGCGGGGCUUCAACAGAGUCUCCUCCUCCACUGCGAAGAGACCUCAAAAUUAGUGGUGGCACUAGAGGAGCAGUCUACUCAGGUAAGGGAGCUCACCCUGCGUGUUAGCCUAGCAGAGGGCCGUGCUCAGGGGCUGGAGGAGCAGCUAGGACACGGGGAAGCCCAACGCAGAGAGCUGGAGCACAGGCUGGUCGGGCUGACCUCUGCCCUGAGACGAACCCUCGGGAUAGGACGCUCACAGACCCCUGGGUCCAGAGGAAGAAGCCCCUCCCCCUGGAGAAGUCGCUCACCUGUGAAGGGUGAAACCAGCACAUCCCCGGGAGGUCCUGUGUCCUUCCCAUCCUGUAGUGAUGAGGGGGAGCUGGAUGUGGACGCUGUGCAGAGAGCCCUCAGGGACUUCCACCAGGAACUCAAAGACACCAAGAGACACAGGGAUGAAGCCAAGUCCCAAGUGACCAGUCUAACCUGGCAGGUGGCCGAGCUACAGACCAGCCAGGACAAGUCAAGCACUAGGCUGCAACAGUUGACCAAAGCCCUGAAGGGCCUGGAGGAGGGGAAGAGAGAGGUGUCUGAGCAGCUGUACGGGGCUCAGUCCUCCCUCUCCCUGCAGGAGGAAGUGACACGGCGAGGGGACAGGGACAGGAAGAGCCUGGCAGAGGAAGUAGUUAAACUCAAGACCAGUCUGCAGACCUCUGAAGCUAAUAGUAGGACACUGCAGGAGAAGCUGGAUCUUUCCCGGGCCGGGGAGGCUCGCUGUGAGGGGGAGCGUCGGAGGCUGAAGGAGGCCCUGGAGACAGCGGAAAGCCGGGCAUCGCGUCUGGAGCUCACCCAGAGGACCCUAGAGGGAGAGCUGGAACGGGCACAGCGGAGGGCAGCCGAACUGGAAGGAGAGGUGGCAGCCCUGGGCGAGAGGCUAGCAGAGCUGAGAAGAGAGCUGGGGGUGACUGAGGACCGGGCGGCUGGGCUGAGGUUGAACGAGGAGCGGCUGGCUACGGCCCUGGCCUGGGCUGAGCUCCAGGAGGGCCAGCUGAGAGAGCAGCUCCAGAGGUUGUCCACCUCUCUCAAUGACAGUAGUGCCACUGUAGGAGCCAUGCAGGAGCAGACCACCCAGCUGCAGAUGGCUCUCACCGUCUCAGACCAGGACCGAAGGCUCAUGCAGGAGCGUGUUGAUAAGAUGCGUGAAGCCCUGUCUAACAGUAAGAGACAGAACCAUGCCCUGACUGAGAGGAUCCAGAGCCUCCAGAGGACACAGGAGGACACUGACCUACGGGCCUCAGAGCUGGAGAAACAGACCAGGACUCUGAAGAAGACCGUGAAGCAAAGGCAGGAGUCUGCAGAGCUCGCUGCCCAGGAGAGCUCUACGCUACAGCAGAAGGACAGGGAGGAGCUCCAGGGGAGGUUGAAGAAGAUGGAGGGAGAGCGGGCAGAGCUGGAGAACUUGCUGGCCCGUCUGGGGAAAGACAAGGCUUCACUCAGAAAGACUCUGGAGAAGGUGGAGUUGGAGAGGUUGAGGCGGGAGGAGGAGGCAACAACAGCAGCCAGAGAGAGAGAACAGCUGGGACAGACAGUACUCAGCCUGGAGCAGGAAGUCAACCACCGGCAGCUGGAGAUGCAGACGGUGCAGGCCCAGAUGACCCAGUUGGAACGCUCCCAUGCUCAGCACCUCCUGGAGGUGACGUCCCACCAUCGUCGGGAGAUGGACUCGGAGACAGAGAGGCUGAGGGCGACGCAGCUACAGGCGGAGAGGGCUCUGGAGACCAGGGAGAAAGCCCAUCGUCAGAGGGUCACAGUCCUGGAGGAGCAGGUGCUGGCGCUGAAGGAGCAGCUGGACCAGGAGAUGAGGAGGAGGCAGGCCUACGUCAACCAGAUACUGAGAUAACGGGGUGUAUGCGAACCAGUGGCCCCUGGCCCCUGGAGAGGAAUGGGGAGAAUGACAGUAUGGCAUUCUGGGACAGACAGUCCCUCUAUAGCCCUUAGUAUGUAUGUUACUGGGAAUCAACAGACUGGUUUCUGCAGAACGUGCACAUGUAAACACACAUGUACACACACAAACUCACAGUCACACACAUACACACUGAGGUACGCAAGACACACAAUGACAGGCAGACACAAGCCCAACACCACACACACACAUUGUAUUGUAUUGGAUGUCAGUAAUCUGUAGAGAAACCUCCCAAACAACAAACAGUGAAUGUGUUGUUUCUGCUGGAAGCUGUUGUCAGAUUAUUUAUAGGAUUUGCUCAGGCCAGACAGGCCACACGGUGCUGCUGAGUCUGUUACUGUUGUUGUCUCGGUUUGUCAAAUCAACACAAUGUGAAGAUAGACACACACACACACACACACACACACACACACACACACACACACACCCUACCCAUUAGUGUUGUCUCGGUUUGUCAAAUCAACACAAUGUGAAGAUAGACACACACACACACACACACACACACACACACACACACACACACACACACACACACACACCCUACCCAUUAGUGUUGUCUCGGUUUGUCAAAUCAACACAAUGUGAAGAUAGACACACACACACACACACACACACACACACACACACACACACACACACCCUACCCAUUAGUGUUGUCUCGGUUUGUCAAAUCAACACAAUGUGAAGAUAGACACACACACACACACACACACACACACACCCUACCCAUUACUGUUGUCUCGGUUUGUCAAAUCAACACAAUGUGAAGACAGACACACACACACACACACACACACACACACACACACACACACACACACA